GUUGUCGGAAGUGCAACUGGAGAAGAUCGACACGUUGCCGCUGUUACAGUGCCGACUUGUGCUAGCCUCCGCUGGCAGCUCCCAUUCAUCGAUGCCAUCCAUUGUCACUCAUUUCAAGUAUCUGGCACGCUUGAUGUUUUUUUUUUCUUGCAUUUUCAAAAAACGAAUGCUCCAUUUAGCUUAUCAGCAGCAAGCUCCAGUAGUGCUGCUUUUAAAUUUGGAAUAUUCUAGGCGUGUACUCAGCCGUUCCGAAUCGCGGCGCUUCUUCGGACGCCCGCUGGAAGGUUCUUCGCCACCUCAGCCAGUUUUGACGAUGAUCGACCACUUAAUCCUUCACGGAGUGGAUGUCGAAGGAUUGUUCCGGAAGUCACCCAAGCAGAGUACUUUGCGCAUGUUGAAAGCACAGCUUGACCGCGGUUCUGUUCCAGAUUUCUAUCAGUUCAAUCCCCACGUUACUGCUGCGCUGCUUAAAGAAUAUCUCCGAGAAAUCCCGGGAAAGUUGCUGCUUUCUGGCAACUUUGAGCUCUGGGCACUAGCAAUGGAACAAACGGUGGAUCGGCAAAAAGCAGUUCACAGAUUGCUACAAAUGCUGCCAUCUGCGCAUUCCGUGCUUCUUUCCAGAUUUCUGCGCCUUCUGCGUGCCAUCUCGAGUUCACCGCAGUCCAAGAUGACCGCCCAAUCUUUGGCAGUCUGCAUUGCACCAAGUCUUCUGGACAAUCCAAAGAUGGACUCUGCAACGAGCUGGCUGCCGGAAUUGGCCGAAUAUCUGAUCGUUAAUGCUCCGUUUCUUCUCGAACCAUUUCAGGACGCACAACUCGCGAUAUCCUCAUCCGUCUCCAAUGAUUCCGGACUGUCAGAUGUGGACGUGUGCCUGGAAGCAUCGGUGAGUACCUCGGAUUCAGGUAUACUCGGGUCGCCCAGUUCCACAUCUUCACAGGGCAUAUCACACUCGCCGCAACUGCUGUGUUCGAUAUGGAAGCAU